AUAACAGCCCCCCCAAACACUGACACUUGACCCGAAAGGAAAAAAAAAAAAAAAAGCUGUGACAAAUGGACAAUAUGUCUAUUACUAACACGCCAACAAGUAAUGAUGCUUGUCUGAGCAUUGUCCACAGCUUGAUGUGCCAUCGACAAGGGGGAGAGAGCGAGACUUUCGCCAAGCGCGCAAUCGAGAGUUUAGUUAAAAAGCUAAAGGAGAAAAAGGAUGAGCUGGAUUCUUUGAUCACAGCCAUAACCACAAACGGAGCUCACCCCAGCAAGUGCGUUACAAUACAGAGAACGCUGGAUGGGAGGCUUCAGGUGGCCGGUCGCAAGGGAUUCCCUCACGUGAUUUACGCCCGUCUCUGGAGGUGGCCCGAUCUUCACAAAAAUGAACUCAAGCAUGUUAAAUAUUGUCAGUAUGCCUUUGACUUAAAAUGUGACAGUGUCUGUGUAAACCCUUACCAUUAUGAGCGUGUAGUGUCGCCUGGCAUCGAUCUAUCAGGGCUGACACUGCAGAGUUCUGCUCCAUCCAGCAUGCUGGUGAAGGACGAGUACGUCCACGACUACGAGGGGCAGCCGUCGCUGAGCUCCGCCGAGGGACACUCCGUGCAGACCAUCCAGCACCCACCAAGUAACAGGGCCUCGACAGAGCCUUAUAGCACCCCAGCCAUGUUAGCCCCCACUGAGGCUAGCACUACCAGCACCACUAACUUUCCCAACAUUCCCGUGGCUUCAACAAGUCAACCUACCAGUAUAUUGACAGGUAGCCAUAGUGAUGGACUCUUACAGAUUGCUUCAGGGCCUCAGCCAGGAACUCAGCAGAAUGGGUUUACAGCCCAGCCAGCCACUUACCACCACAACAGCACCACGACCUGGACUGGGAGUCGGACGGCAGCCUACACACCCACCAUCCCUCACCACCAGAACGGCCACCUGCAGCACCACCCGCCCAUGCACCCCAGCCACUACUGGCCAGUUCACAAUGAGCUCGCAUUCCAGCCUCCUAUAUCAAAUCAUCCUGCCCCAGAGUACUGGUGUUCGAUCGCGUACUUCGAGAUGGACGUGCAGGUCGGGGAGACGUUCAAGGUCCCCUCCAGCUGCCCCAUCGUCACCGUGGACGGAUACGUGGAUCCCUCCGGGGGAGACCGCUUCUGCCUGGGCCAGCUUUCCAACGUGCACAGAACAGAGGCCAUCGAGAGAGCGAGGUUGCACAUAGGCAAAGGGGUGCAGCUGGAGUGCAAGGGGGAAGGCGACGUGUGGGUGCGGUGCCUGAGCGACCACGCCGUGUUCGUGCAGAGCUACUACCUGGACAGGGAGGCGGGACGCGCCCCGGGGGACGCCGUGCACAAGAUCUACCCCAGCGCCUACAUAAAGGUGUUUGAUUUGCGGCAGUGCCACCGCCAGAUGCAGCAGCAGGCUGCCACUGCCCAGGCUGCCGCUGCCGCCCAGGCCGCGGCCGUGGCAGGGAACAUCCCCGGGCCGGGAUCCGUGGGAGGAAUCGCCCCAGCCAUCAGUCUGUCAGCCGCCGCCGGGAUCGGCGUGGACGACCUGCGCCGCCUCUGCAUCCUCAGGAUGAGCUUCGUCAAGGGCUGGGGGCCCGACUACCCUCGGCAGAGCAUCAAGGAGACGCCCUGCUGGAUCGAGAUCCACCUGCACCGCGCCCUGCAGCUGCUGGACGAGGUGCUGCACACCAUGCCCAUCGCCGACCCGCAGCCCCUGGACUGAGAGGGACCCGACCCCGGUGCCGUGAGGAUCUGUAAAAUAACGG